CUGAAGUAAUAAUGAUUAGCACAAGGGUUUCGAGUUAUUUAAGAGUAUGAAGUCCAUACUUCACUCUUGAUUGGAUUUUUUUCAACCUCUCGUUCCCGAGUAUUGUAAUCAAGAAUUGAACGAGUAUAUUAAUAUUCACUCUUAAAUACAAUGAAGGUUGCGGUUCCGACCAAUGUGGAUCGCCAGGAAGAGGAGCUAGAGAACAGCUACAGAAUGUAUGCUGUCUCUACUGCUCUUUGGAAUGGUAAAAUGCCUACAAACCGCCAGAUUACUGGCUUUAUGAAUCGGCUUCUUCAGUUUUCAAAAGACAAAACAACAGAUGAGGAACUGUCAGCGGACGGAAAAGAUUUCUUCCGUACGUUUCAGCAAGUUAUAACCAUUUGGAACCGGAUAAUUACCAAGAAGAACAAUGGUGAGCUUUUGCAAAACGCUCUUAACGAAUUCAGUGAAUCUUCCAUCGACGCUUCCAAGGAAGGCGGUAUUGAUGUCCCCGGUAGGGACGAGUUAACUGAGCUUGGUCACGAUGCAAAAGAUUUGUUCUUCUUGUUUGUGAAUAAUGGUCGAUUCCGUAAAUUGGCCAAGGAACUUGUUGGUCUCCUUGGACACAAGGGAGCAGGCCUUGCCGAAGACAAAUAUAAUAAAUUUGACGAACAACGAGGUGCCUAUGAUGGCUCUAAAUCUCAAGCUGAUGGUGAUGAGAGCGAUGAGGACACCCCAGACCUGUCCCUUGACCAAAGCGAUGAUGAUGAAUCAGCUUCUUCCGAAAGUGACGGUUCUCCUCAGUACAUGUCCGGAGGCCGCAGCGGCAGAGAAAUUAUUGAUGACAGUGUGUAUGAUAAUAUGGAGGAAACCACAACCAUAGAGCAUCCUGCCGAUCACGACUUGUUUAUUCGGACGGUUAUCUCAGAAUCGCAGACGACCCAACCUAAGAAGUCUGUGGCCUUUCAACCUCAGCCCGAGGAUGAAGGAAAGUCAAAGCAGAAGCAACAGACGAAACAGCAAUCACGUUCUGACCAGGGCGGUAACCAAAAGGACAAGUCUGAUAAAAAAUCUUCUCAGGAAAAGAAGCCGCGUCGUGCUGAGCGAGUGAUGGACAGUUUUCUGGGAGACAAAAAGGAAGACGUUUUGGAGGAUCUUCGUCGUGUGGUAACAGAAGUUCAAUCUCAACCGAAGUAUCAGAAGGCUGCUUCAAGCAUUUUGCGGAUGAUUGAACACUAUACAAAGUCUUUAAAUCAGUCAACUGAGGACCUUGAAAUCCAUCCCAACAGCCAUUCCAAGCGCGCAGUAAAGAAUCUGCGUGCUCUUGUUGAGCAAACUCUGAAUCAUAAAAUGGACGGAAUUGUUUCUACUAUCAAGCAGCUGAAUCGUGAUGCAAAGAAGGACAAGGAACUAUCUCAGCUCUUUAGAAGAGCUUAUAAGUUCGCCCGUAAGUGUGUACUCCAGAAAGGGUACAUUGUUUCGAAAGACUCCAAUCGUGCGUAUGAUAAAUUGCAGAAGGAUUACGAAAGAAUGUUGAAGGAGAAAUACAAAACUCAUUGGGAUCGCUUUCAUUCGGAGUUAAACGAUGUUAUGGAUGCCGCCUCCAAUGACGCUGACAUGAAUGAACUUAGUUCCAAGGGAAAGAAAUUGUAUUCUAUGCUCAUAAAACAUGAGGGUGGUCAGGCAAGUGUUCGCACAGGUUUAUUGCUUGAAGUCACGCGCGCUUCUCUUCCCAAUUUGCUGGAAACGAUUCAGUAUUUUCCAAUUCCUCGAGUUGAGAUCCAGGAAGAAAAAUUCGAUGUUGUCUUGGAGAAUUUAAAUCUGCAAACGCUUAACAUUUUACCUAAAAUUGCCGAAUUUCGCACAGACAGCAUGCUUCGUUUUUCUAUGAGAGAUCUUGGCACAGCUACUAGAAGAAAUGUAUUUUUCUUCCAUCUUUCGAAUGUUCAAUGCGACUUUAAGAAUGUAAACUACUACGUUAAACGUAAACGUGGUUUUCCUUCAUUUGCCGAUGUUGGCAUUAUUGACUUGAUUAUGGGAAACCAAGGAAUGGUUGUUGAUUUGGCUAUUACAGUAUUGGAUACGAAAGAAAUGGAAGAAACAGGACAUUUGUUCUCUGUUGAUACAGUGCAAACAACUCUUCAUUCGUUGAAGCUUAAGGUUCACAAGUCAAGACACAAGAUUCUUCUUAGUCUCUUAAAACCUUCUUUAAUGAUGUACAUGAAGCACUCUAUACAAAGAUCCACUGAACUUCAAAUACGGAAAAUGUUGGAACAAGUGAGCGUGGAGUCGUAUACCGUUCACCAAAAUGCUAAGGCUGAAAUGAAAAAGGAAGCAAAGAAACCCAAGAAGGACCAACAAUCAAGAACCCGCGUUUAUUUCCAAAAUGUUAUUUCACGUGUAUCCGAACUUCGAGAGACACGCAAAAAGAAAUCUCACCCAUCUCCUCUGCGCUUGGUUAUGAAUGAGAAGGGCUCUAGAUUGAGCGAAAUUGAAUUGCCGUCUAGAAACUUACAACGGACGGAGUUUUACAGACAACAAGCUCUUAGUGGAGAAGGCUGGAGAUCAUCGAUAUUCGAUUCUCUCUCAGGUGAUACCAGUUCUUUAGAAGCUGGCCAACCAACUCCUGCAAAUGAGCGGUUAUACCAGCGCACGAAGAAGCAGACAAAACGCCAUCGUCGGGAUUCUUACGAUGAUUAUGCUGCAGGUGGAGAAAUGCCACAGGCCGGAUUGCAAGCAGCCUCUUAUCCUCCCGUUGGUUCAUAUACGCAAAGAGAACCCUUAACUCCUACUGACGGCAUUUUGGAAAGUUACGUGUUGCAACGUCCAACUGAAACUACACCGUCGGGAAUGCGUGAGGAGCAUCGGACAGUAGUGGCAUCCUCAACUUAGGUUUUUUGCACCUAUCUAAUAAGCCGCUGAGAAAUAUACUUCAAAUGUCUUGUCCUUCAUUUGCGUUAUGGCAUGUAUUUAUAUGUACCACAUUUAUCGGAAGCUUUGCUUGGCUUUCAAGGAUAAUCUUACGCUUUGUUAUAGCAAGAGAAACAAAACUCUCUCUAAAUUUAUGCUUUUUGAUUGGCUCACACCUUUUUUGACUUUUCUAAAGUCGCAUUCUCGCUCUCUAACUAAUGUUGUUUAAUAAUAACGAGUUGAGGUGUCUUUGUAAUGUCAGAGGUUAAGAUUAGUAUUUAGUUUUAUUGGCGUUUUAGCUGCAUGAAAUAAUUAUGAAAUACGAAAAUAGCAAUGCUUAUUCAGG